AGACGCCAUCGACCACGAGGAUGCGUUCGACAAAGCUAACAGCAACUGCAUUAUCCUGCUGUAUAAGAACGUACCCACGAGGACCCCAUAUAGUCAAGUUGACAUGCAUGACUCACUGUUUUGUAGUUCCGGUUAGCAAGGACAGCCGCAUCACACCGCCAUUUCCUCAUCCUGUUUGCAGCGUUGAAAAUGCCAAAACACGACUGGAAGUGCCUGUAUUGCGGAUGCGCAUUACAACUGUUGCCGUAUGAUUAUAUUGCAAAUCUGCACGUCCACGUUCUUGACAACUCUGGUGGUCGUCGUGGGGGAGAUUUAUGCACAUCAUAGGCAGUCAGGGCAUGUCGCAUGCAAACCUGGAUCCUCCGAGCUGGUACGUCCACUUACUCAAAAAUGGCAAAAAGAUAUUGUUUGACUUCACUGCAUGCGUUGAGUUCUGUAGUGAGUUUCCGACGAAAAAACGAAGUACAACUUUCUUUUGUCGUGUCAACAUGUCUUUGAUAAAUCUACGUCUACCGCGUGGAAACUUUCUUCACAGUUUGAUCACGAGCGGGAAAUGACCUCUUUCAUUUGUGUCCACAGUUACAAGAAUACGCCACGAGAUAGAAGGAAUACAACACCUUCCGGUUGUAGUACAGCGACGAAAGAACACGCGCAAUAAAAAUCAAGAUCAACAAUCAAUGAAAAAAAGGUACUGCGCAUGCCGGAUGGCAGGAGACAGCGAAGACACGUGCAACGAU